AAGCCCUCUCUUAAGCAUGUGUCACGAAAGCCACCAAUUUGCAAAAAAGGUGUGGUCCACUUGUAUGCCUUUCUCAGCUGUAUAAACCCUCCUUCUCAUCCAAUCUCCACCAUUAACUCAUCAACCUCUUUGAGCUAGGCUCUAAAGAAAGAGAAAUUGACCAUGCAGCCAAAUUAUGAUAGCUUAAGUCUUACCAACAUGCAACAACAAGACUACUUCCACUUAAACAACUACUACAACGACUUAACCCCAGCUUCAACCAAUAACAAUCUCAAUCUGCUCCAAUACCCUCAGAUUCAAGAGCUCAACCUACAAUCUCCGGCAAGCAACAACUCCACGACUUCCGACGACGCAACAGAAGGAAUCUUCGUCAUCAACGAGAGAAAGCAAAGACGUAUGGUAUCUAACAGAGAGUCAGCAAGAAGGUCAAGAAUGAGAAAGCAAAGACACUUAGACGAGCUUCUCUCACAGGUUGCUUGGCUUCGAAGCGAGAACCACCAGCUUUUAGAAAAGCUAAACAAAGUAUCGGACAGCAAUGAUCAUGUUAUUCAAGAGAACUUGAAUCUUAAAGAGGAGAACUCGGAGCUUCGUCAAGUGAUCACAUCCAUGAAGAAGCUUGGAGGAGACACCCAUGAGAAAUAUUCUUCUUCUUCCAUGGAUGAAGACUUGAUCUCUUCUACUACAGAUGAUCCAAGAACUCAUCAUCAUCCAUCAUGAGUCCACGUCGGUUCUGAUCAAGAAGAACAUUACUUUUAAUUUAAGUUAAUCCAUAUAUGCCUCUAAUAUAUUCCAUCUAUUUUCUUCCUUUGGUAUCACUUUUUAACGGGUUUAACUACGUUACCAAAGUUUGGGGGUUUUAUUUCGUAAUGUUCGUCAGAUUUCUCUUCUAUUCUGUUUUAUUGUUAUCAACAGAAAAGAAGAUAAUUAAAAAAGAUCAUGAUGGAUA